CCGGAAGUGAUGGUCCGUUAACGUCCGGUGUGAAGGCGGAGCCGCUGUUAGCCGGACUGUAAACAUCACCUAGCUGUUAGCUCACCCAGCUAACCCGGGGUUCAGAGCUCUGUUGGAAAGUGAGCAGGUGUGAAACGCUGGAAGCAGAAUGGCUCCCCCUCUCCCCCUCUCCUCCCUGCGUCUCCUUGUCCCCCCUCUCCGCCUGCUGACGGCAGCCAUGUGGCAGGUCGCUCGGCAGCAGAACGUGAAGCAUUAUGGGAUGCUGGACGACUUUGUUUCCCUGGUAACCGAAGCGGUCCCAGAGCUGCUGACGGACCGGCAGAGGAGUCUGCUGCUGCUGGCUCUGAGGGCCAAGGUGACCCUCUCUGAUCCCGCCCCCCAGGCCGUUGACGCUCACCUGGACAGGAUCCGCUCUGUCUCCGAGGCAACGCAGCAGGAUGAACAGGUGGACGAGUGGUGUUCAGCUCUGUUGACUCUGACUGACACAGUGACGCAGAGACCUGCGGACAGACAGCGCCUCCUGCAGGAAGUGUUUGACCAGAGUUAUGACUCCGCCCUCCAGGCCCUCGUAUCUGACUUCCUGUCCAGGAUCGAGCAGCUGUUCCCUGUGCCCGACUUCAAACAGGCUGCCUCGUGGCUCGACGCUGCCCCCGGUGGUCUGGAGGACUGUCUGAAGGACGCGGGCCGGGAGGAUCUGAGGGAGCUGCUGACCAAUCAGAGCUGUUCACUGGGCGGAGCAACCACUACAGUGUGUUGUGACACUGAGAAGAUCCUCCUCUCCGCCUGGUCCCACCCUCUCCUCACCAAACUGACCAAUCCCGAGCCUCCUCUCGCCGACACAGAGGUCCAGGUGGAUCCUCUUCCUGCUGUGGCGAGCCCCUUGCAGCUGGACGUGGAGCUGGUGAAGGUGGAGGUGGUGGUGAUGACGGAGGACGAGCAGGAGGAGCUGGAGGAGACUGUGAUCUGUCAGGCUGUUUCGCCAGUCGAGCAGGAGGCGUCCAAUGAGGAUUCAGCAGUGGGCGGCGACGAAUGCUCCGUCGCACCUGUGAUCGUGGAGGUGGACGGGUUGAAGGACUCACCUGGAAACUUUGUGGACCAAUCAGAAGACACAGUGGACCAAUCAGAUCAGUCCUGCUCCGAGGUCACAGCUAACGCUUUGUACAGCAUUUCCCAUAAUUCUCAGCGGGUGGCUCACAAGUGUCCUCAGUGCAGCAAAUGUUUCAUCUACCGUUCUCAGGUGAUCCGUCACCUGCGUACCAACAAGUCCUGCGGGUCGGCCUUAACCACGACAGGAGCUGUGAGCCUCCAGAGUCAACCAGGCGGUCGUGACCAGGAGCCCCGCCCCCCGGAGCCCCGCCUCCCUGAGCCCCGCCCCAUCAGGUCCCACUCCUGCUUCCAGUGCAACGCCAUCUUUAGAACCAAAGCCGAGCUCCUGUCGCACCAGCGGAGCCACCGGGCCCGCCCCGUUUACCAGUGUGGCCAGUGUGACAAGGAGUUCCACCACCUGUCCAGCCUGACCAAUCACAAGCAGACCCACCUGGACAGAGGAGGGUUCACCUGCAGCAGGUGCGAUAAGGUGUUCGAGUCGGCCAAGGAGAGAGACGCCCACAGACUGCAGCACCGGCUACCUGACCUCACCUGUACAGUGUGUGAGCAGACGUUCAGCUCUCAGACUCAGCUGCUGCGACACCUGCAGACUCACUCUGUGGAGGGGGCGGAGCCCUGCUACAACUGCCGCUUCUGUGAGCAGAGCUUCUCAGGUGUGACCCAGCUGCGUAUCCACCAGCGAACACACACUUUCCGCUCGUACCAGUGCGACCAGUGCAACAAGACGUACGGCUCCCUGACCGGCCUCCACUCGCACCGGGCCAGCCACACCGCCGAGAGCCGCUUCCUGUGUCCGCAGUGCGGCAAGCGCUUCAAGACCCGGGACGGGCUGGAGGGUCACCUGAGGACGCACACCGGGGAGCGGCCCUACCGCUGCCCCUACUGCCCCAAAGACUUCACUGCGCUCGCCGGCCUCAACGUGCACGUGCGGCGGCACACCGGGGAGCGGCCGUACGUGUGCACGGUGUGCGGUAAAGGCUGGCCCUCCGGAGGCGACCUGCAGAAACACAUGAGGACUCACACGGGGGAACGGCCCUACGUCUGCCAGGACUGCGGGAAGGCCUUCUCCAUCUCCUGUCACCUGACCGAGCACCGCAGGAUACACACAGGGGAGAAGCCGUUCUCGUGUCCUGAAUGUGGGAAAUGUCUGAGGAGGAAGUUUGACCUGAAGAAACACAUGUUGUCUCACAGCAACAUCCGUCCCUACGCCUGCGGCUACUGCCCCAAGAGCUACACCCGCAAAACCCACCUGAACAGACACCUGCUGACACACAGGACUACUGACAGCGAGGUGGCGGUGGUGGAGGCGCCCGACGACGCCUGAGACGCGUCUGACGCCAGAGUCUGUUUUUGUUCUGCAUGUUUCAUGAGUUUUCAUCAGUUUCUAGAUGGAUUUCCCUCCUGCAGACAGAUGAUCAAUAAUCAGACAGAUGAUCAAUAAUCAGACAGAUGAUCUGGACGUGUGCUGCUGCAGCUGAGUUCAUACUUAAUCAGGGACAGUUCACAUGACUCAACAUGAGAGCGUGAGGCUUCGCUCCUAAACUGACGUCACCUGAACUCUGGGAGCUGUUUUUCUUUUCUUUUCUUUUUUUUUUGUUCUAGAACCUGAAAGAUUCAACUUUCAAACCAUCAACACACUGAAGAAUAAACAUCGCACCUUUAGGGAUCCAGAUCCAGGUCCAGGUCCCGGUCCAGGUCCAGGUCCAGAUCCAGAUCAGAUCCAGAUCCACUUCAAAAAUCCAAAUCCUUAAAGAACCUAAAUAAGUAACUAAUAAUUAAUUAUAAUGACAAAUAAAAGAAAUUAUGAAUAACUAGUUAGAGCUGUUUCCUGCAGUUUUCAGUGGCAGCUACUAAAUGAAGCAGCAGGAGAUCUAAAGUAUUGAUUACUGAUUGAUAUUGAUUAUUGUGAACUAACAGCUGGAACCAAUCCAGAUGCAGAGGAAACAGAGAUGAAUCAGGACCCAGCUGGCUGCAGGUGGAGGUUCUCUGUCUCCGCCCACAGCUGCAUCACCACACCAUGAUACAGUGUUUACGUUUGGUGACCUCCAUCACAACAACAGCAACAACAACAACAACAAUGAUUCUGUGUCGGUUUCCAGGCGCCGCUCUCGUCACUGUGACGCUAACGUUGACCUGAACACUAUGACAUGACGUGAAUGUGCUGAAAGCCUGAUGUCAGAUUACUGGAUGUUGUUUGGUCACCGUGGUAACUGUCCAUCGCGGCAGCAGUUUGAUGAUGUGUGAUCUCUGUGGCUGCACCAGCUGUUCCCAUCUUUUACACACACACACACACAUCACACACACACACACACACACACACAUCACACACCUUC